UAACAAUCGUGGGAUAACUUAUCCUUAAUCGGUUAAACCCAAACUUCUUUUUUUCGCGUAUAAAUAGAGAUAUUGUUGUUAUCCUCUUUUCAUACUUUACCAAAACUUAGAAAGAAUUGAAGAAAUAAAAAUGGAAGAUAUCAAAGUUUCAAGAAUUGAAGUGAGAGAAAGAGAAGAAGGUGAAAACUAUGAAGAUGAGAGAGAAAGGGAGAAGAGGCAAAAAGUUAGUGAAGGAGUUGCAAAUAAUAAUGGUGGGGGUUUAUGUUAUAAUCUCCUUUCUAAAUUAGCUUCACCUAGGACUCCUAAAAGUAGUACUAGUACUACUAAUCAUAAUGAUAAUAAUCAUGUUUUUGAUGAGGUUAAUAUUAAUCCUUUUGAUCAUCAAGAUGAUAGUUUUCAAGGUUCCAUUUCCAUCGAUGGCGGCGGCACUGAUGGUGGUGGUGGCGGAGGCGGUGGCGGAGGUGGUGGAGUGAUUAAUGAUUUCAUAUCGAAUUUCUUCAGUAGAAGUAGUGAGAGUGAAGAUGUGAAGAAUAAUAAUAAUAGUGGAGAGGAUGUGAAAUGUAGAAAUGAGGUGAUUAAUAAGUCUAACAAGGUUGAUCAAGAAAGUGGUAAUGAAAAUGGUGGGAGUGAACAUAAUGGUGGUGGUGGUGGAAGUAUCAUCUCUAGUCUUGUCCCAGAAAUGGUGGCUCCUGAAGCUGAUGAGGCUUCUAUCCUGAUUCACUCUGUGGUUCAUGACUAGCUCAAUCUUCUCUUUUCUUUUUUUGUUUGCAAUUUUAUGUUAUGUUUAACUAACAUUUCUAAUUUCAGUUUUAAUGUUGUUAAAUUUGGGAUGAUUUUUUCUUCUCAAAAGUUUUAGGAAGUAUGAGAAGAUUGUGUUUCUUUUUUCUUUGAUGUUUAAAGGGAAGAUGAGAUGGGAGUUUAUGUUCUGUUACUGUUAAGGUCAUGUAAAAUUUGUUUAUUACGAUGUGCAGUAUGAGAUUAAUCAACUUUCUGUUUCAGUAGUCUAGUUUUGGAUCAUUAAUCUCAUUCCUGUUAAGCCUUUACCUUCUGUUGGUUGUUAUGGUUACUAUGAUCCGCAUUUUGUAGUGAUUAUAUCUCUCUUGUUUUCAAUUGAGUGUUUAGCCCUGUUGUGUAGUCUUAUAUUGUAGGUUGUUUUACUUUUUCCGUGUUUAUGUCUUAUUGUUUGAGGACAAGUAAUGGUUUAGCUUGGAGGAAUUUGAUAAGUCAUUUUAUAUAUACAGUUUUUAGGUGCAUUUACGUUGCAUUUUAGAGCAUUUAGUUUCAUAUUUAGGUUCAUUAUUGCAUCAUAUUAUUAAGUUAUGUUAUUCUACUCCUAUUCGGCAUGUUUUCUUGUUUUUGAUAAAUUUCAGGUAAUGAGAACGUAUUUGAAGUAUGAUUAGCUAAGCUUGUGACUAGGAGCACUUGGAAAGAAGCUAAACUGAAUAAGGAUGGUACGGACUAUGGAAAAGUCAUAGAACGAGUUUGAGCAAAAACAAAGUGGAAAAUCAUUAGAAGAAAUGUGAAAAAGGAGUCACGACUCACGUCUACUCUUCUGAUGAUAACUUUUGAUGUGUUUCUUAGAAUUGAAUGAUUCUAGUAUAUUCGGAAAUUAGACUUGAAGAGUUUUCGAACGAUAGGUGGCACGCCUCGAGUAGACUUCUAGUCAAAGAGUUAUGUCUUUCGGAAUGUUGCACUGAUUUUGCUGGAAUCUGUCAUGCGUAUGCGCGGAUCACUAUUCCGCCCAUUUAAUGAUUUAUUCAAGACUUUUCUUAUCUUUGUAAAUUACUUUGCUAGUCAUAUGAGAUUAUUUAAUAUUAUUUAUAUUAGGUUUUUAUUCUUUC